AACUAUGGAGCCGUGAUGGAUGCCUACAUAACUAACAAAAUAGAAACGUUUCACUCAGAUACACAGACAUAAAGCAUCUUUCUGUGUCCAUCAACUCACUCUUUGAUCCCCUUGUAGCUCCCUGUCUUGUCUGUCAGCGCCAUAACUUCCUGUUAUUGAAUGCUUCAAAAAGUCACCAACUCCUCCUGAGUUCCUUUUUGUCCAGUAUUUCUAAUUCCACUAUUAAUCACUUUAAUUCAGACAUUUUUUGCAACCAAAGCCAAGAAUCUGGACUUUUUUCCUCCCACAGCUUCCUCAUCUGUAAAUCUGCUUAUCAUGAUCUCUGCAAUAUUACCAGAAUUCAUCCUUAUCUUGACCCUUGCUCUCUUGAAAUACUUUGUCGUUGCUUAAUCACUUGCUGAUUAGUUGCCUAUUAUUCCUUCUUUUAUGGUUGUUCUAAAUCCUUAGGGCCAGUUUGUGAUCUCACUCAUAGCAAUUUAAAUAGGAGUAUCUCCAUUGACAUCACCAGUGUCACUCCAGAGAGAAGAAUUCAUGCCCUUUACUUCUUAAAUUUGAAAGUGUCCAGACAGCUGUAGCCAGAUUUCCUCUAGCAUGGAGGAACCUAGCUGUCUAUUGCUAAUGCACUCAUCACAGCCAACUAAUUCUCUUCUCACCCAUCCUCCAUCACCGUGCCUUCCUAUGAAGUCUCUGAAUCAAAUUUAACUUUCUUUUCCUGAUUAUUAAAACUCUCCACGGACUCUCCUUCCCCCUGUAUCGCUGACUUCAUAUCUCUCUGCGCGCUAUACAGUCACCUCCUCCUUUGCCAUCUGUCUCCUCUUCCCCUAGUGAUUUCUGAGUUUCAAAUCUUAUUUUAAAAAAAUUCCCGUUUGCUUUUGUGCUCGAUGGACCCUGCACUACCCUCCCGAUUGUUGGGUUCAUCUGCUUUCCAUCAUAAACCCCCCCACUAGUGAUAAAUUUGGUUAACGGGCUACUGUGGGCAAGGUUGGCCCCUCCUCUCUAGCCUUGUCAGUCAUGUCAGGGGUGGAAUAACAGUUUAAAAGGCCGUUGUUCAAGACAGUUGUUGGGCAGCUCUGGGAGAAAGCAAACAGCAGCUCUGAAGAGGGGCGCCUGGAAGGCUUCAGAGAAACUGCCCUCGAGAAGCUCACCCACUGAUCUCCCCUGCGUCUACAAGCAGACAACAGACGCUGAUAUACUGGACUGGCAGGAUAGGUUCAGCAAGCCUCAGGGGAAGACUAGCUGCUAGAAAAGCGGAAAUCAUUUUGAAGAAAUGAACAGCUGAAAUGAAAACCAAAUGAUUUCAUAAGAAACAUCCUGUGAGAACACACUGUUGCAACUAAUGGAAGCCACUUCGCAAAGGUCCAGUCAUCUGUGCCAUGAAAAUGGUGACUGGAUGUCACACCUGCCAGAAAAUCUCUGGGAUGUUCCUCUCCAUAAUUUAUCCCUUCCAGGGAGCCAUGACACUAUGACUUACUGUUUGGAUAAAAACUCUGAUAUAAGUGUCAAUGAAUCAAAGCUGUUGCAGGUGAUAGAUAAAUGUAUGCCCUGCAUCAUACAUCCUAUUAUUAUGAAGUGGUCUAUAACACAGGUACUAAAUGUGUCAAAACAACUGGAUGCCGGGAUUAGAUAUUUGGAUUUUAGGAUUGCUCACAAGCCUGAUGACUCUUCUAUGAAUUUGUACUUUGUGCACAUGGUGUACACAACGGCUGUAGUAGAGGAUAUUCUGUGGGAAAUUUUAAAGUGGUUGCAGGCCCAUCCUCAGGAGGUCGUUAUCCUUGCCUGCAGGAAUUUUGAUGGAUUGACCAAGGAACUUCAUCAUCAUCUUAUCUCCUGCAUAAAAAAGAUUUUUCAUUCUAAACUGUGUCCAAAAGAUGUGGUUCCAACGCUACGGAACAUGUGGAGAUAUCGGUACCAGGUUAUCAUCUCCUAUGAGGAUGUGACUGAAGUAAUGAAUCACCGUGAACUAUGGCCUGCAAUUCCAUAUUGGUGGGGAAACAAGACUGCAGCCCGAGAUCUUAUCCAGUAUCUGGAACGUAUGAAAAAGAAUGGGCGCCCAGACUGUUUCUUUGUUGCAGGGAUUAACCUUACUUCAGACUUAGAGUACAUUCUGGCACAUCCAUUUGGAUCCUUGAAGAAAAUGGCCCUUUCUAGCCUUCCAUACUUGAAACUCUGGAUAAAGCAACAGUAUCCAGGACCAAAGAGGGACUGUAUCAACAUCAUUGCUGGAGACUUCAUAGGAAAUUAUGAUUUUGUAAAAGACGUGAUAGAACUUAACAAGAAAAUCAUCCCUCCAUUACAAUACCUUGGUAAUGAGACUGAAUUAAAGGAUGUUUCAUGACUUUCAGCUUCAUAACCUUGGUAUGAUUGAAUAGCUUUUGAUCAGCUCUCACAGGGAAGGCAAUUUUCCUGGUUCAGAUGCAUCAUGUGCGUAUAUAAAUGACGUUUCUUCCUCCCAGGGAUGUUGUGAAGAUUCAUUAGUUGACGCUUUCGUACCAAAAUGAGACUUUAAAAUAGCCAAUGCUUAUGGCAAGCAAAACUUCCUUUAACUAGGGGAGGGAGAAGAGCAAGAAGGUGUCUCCUUAAGUUUUCUAGAGCCCUUGCCACGUAGGUGUAAUUUAGCUGGGAAGAGCAUAAAUAUUGCAGUAACUGGUGUUGGAGAAUAUCCUAAGAACCUUACUCAUCUUUCGCAAAACUUAGAAAAUAAAUUUGU